GAGAGAGAGAGAGAGAGAGAGAGAGAGAGAGAGAGAGGGAAAUCCGUUAGUUUGUGAGAGGAGACUGAGCAGACCUGAGCCAUGGCUGCGAAGCUGCUCUUCAAGAUCAGGAGCAAAUUUGUGGAUCAGGUGAACCCCGAACUUCUGAAACAGAUCCUCGACAAGCUUCUGGAGGACGAAGUUCUGAAUGAUCAAGAGAGAAACCCAAUACACAAAUUAAUGAACAGCAACGAUGCUGACGCCGCACGAAGCCUCAUUGACGUAGUGAGGAAGAAAGGAGACAGAGCCAGUGGGAUGAUGAUCGACCACAUUAAGAAUUUGGAUGGUAAUCUUUAUGAUGAGCUUUUCCCACAGAGUACUCAAGGUGCUCAGGGUCCUCAGGGCACUCAAGGCGCUCAAGCAGCUCCCACCCCACCCUCGGAGUUCUCUGACAAACUCAAUACAACCACUGAGGCAUUCUGGAGACAGCAGCAAAUGGAUGACGAUGUUUACCGUGUGGAAAAAGCUAACAUCAAAAAUCGUGUUGCCCUGCUGAUCACUAACAUAAAGUUUCGUAAUGAGAGGGACAACAGAGAAGGAGCUGAUAAAGACGAGAGAAACAUGGAGAAGCUGCUCUCAGCUCUGGGCUACGAGGUGGUGAAAUACACCGACCUCACUGCAAAGGAGAUCGAUGAAGCUCUCAUCAAGUUCUCAAAACAUCCAAAACUCACAGCCACUGACAGUGUGUUCGUGGUCAUCAUGUCUCACGGGAAACGAGAUUUUGUUCUCGGUGUUAACUAUAGAGAGGAUGUAUGUGCCAAUGAGAAACCAGAUGAGUUCCCCAUUGACAACAUUUGCAAACACUUGGCAUGUCGUGCCCUGGAGGACAAACCAAAGGUCAUCAUCAUACAGGCCUGCAGAGGAGAGGACAAAGGAUCUCUGCCUGUUUGGGACGGUGUAAACCAAGCUGCGGCCGAUGCCUUUCAAUCAGAUUCAGCUUCGCCUUCCUCUGGAGGAAACCUCGAAGAUGAUGCCCUGCGAUUUGUGAACCAAGAGAAAGACUUCAUCUUCCUUUUGUCCUGCACCCCCAAUGCUAAGUCAUACCGAUAUCCGGGUGAUGGCUCUCUGCUCAUCCAGGACAUUGUUCAGGUGUUCAUCACUCACGCCCAUGAAGAUCACAUCGAGGAGCUGUUCAGAAAAGUCUCGAAGCAAUCCAAAAAAUUCCAAAGUGGCGAACAAAUGCAGAUUGCGACCAGAGACAGAUGCUCGCUGAUGAAACGCUUCUACCUCUUUCCAGGCAUCUAAGACAGCUCUCACUGUUGUCUAGCACAAAGCUUAAAGUGGGGUUCAUAAAAUCAGUUUUUAAUUCGUAGGGAUAUAACUUCAUUUUUUCAAAGAUCAGGAAACUGUUUUUGUAGAAGGUUCAUUCAAAUGGAUCAGAUUGAAAGGUGAAGAACAUCUAUCACAAAAGAGCAGGAGAGAGAACAACCUGCAGAAAAAUAAUCAACAAAGCACUAGCUGAGGGGACCAGUGACAACAACUCUGCAACAUUUAGCAGCACAGUUUGAUGUACCAGCAGGGGUAUACGUCUCGGAGACACAUAAAAAUAUGCUAUGCAAUGCUGACAUAUAUAUACAGGGAAACUGACAAGAAGGGAGAAAUCACUGCAUUUUCAUCUCAGCAGGUCAAACCCUUGUCAAUUUUUUUUUUUUUUUUUUUUUGUCAAAAAUUGUGGCUCUGCAAAAAAACAUUAAUGGACUCCACUAUAAAAGGAUUCCAAAUUCCAACAAAGACGGAAAACUGGCCAGACAGGUGUAAAACGACCUGAUAUAAGCUACUGAAAAUGAACCUUUUAUUCACAAAAGUUUUUAAUCUUCUUGGAAAUCAGGUUUUCUACUUUUAAAUGAUUUAGGUUUUUAUACUUGUCCUUACAAGAACAGUUGAACAUAUCCAGAGGUGGAGGUGGGGAUUGAACCACUGUCAUAUGAACUGCAGCUUCCACAUCCUGUUUCCUGAUUCACAGCUGCAACAACAUUAUUAUUGUUGUUUUAUGCACAUUAAAAUAAUUUGAAUCCAUCAAUCACUGUCAAUAUUACAGAUAAUGUAAUCAUGAGACCCUUUGGGGAACUAGUAACUUUUUUUUGAUAGAUUUCUUUCUCAGGAACUAUAAUGUGAUGAGAAAAAUGUUUUGGUUUUAGCUUUAGCAUUAUUAUGCAUGUUUUGAUAUUAUUUAAUCAUUUAUUUUCCAUCAUUUAUUUUUCUAAUGUUGUAAUCGUGGGAUUUGUGAUUUGCUUUUAUUGUAGGGGCUUAGUCUUUUGUGUCACUCCAGUGCAGAAUAAAAUUUUACAACACU